CUGCGGACAAGAAAGAUACAUUUGCCCUUUCUUAUUUACUCUGAGCCAACCCGAAUAAUCCUGUGUUCAUCUGGAGUCAUCUGAAGAUGACAAUGAAGAUGAGGACACCAUCUGUACUCAUGACCUCAUUCUCCACCUAUUCUACGCCGUCCAUCCUCCACCAGAACCUGGCGAUCAACUCCUCUGAACAGCCUAGUCCCUGGCUGAACACCAGUACGUGGCCACCCGUCAGAUCUUCAGGUUUAGGAAUGUCCUGCUUCACUAUGACAUUUGGCGCCAUCUCCAACCUCACAGCUCUGGGCCUCCUGUUUAAGUCCCGUGUCCGAUUACGCCGCCAGUCCAGAGCACCAUUUCUGCUUCUAACAGUGGCUUUGCUUUUGGCUGACCUGACAGGUCAUGUGACCCUAGGUGCCUUUGCUUUGCAUCUGCACAUGGAUCAGAAGUAUAAAACACAGGCCAUGAAGCCCACUAAGGAAUUCUGUCAGAUUUUUGGGGCAUGUAUGGUGUUUUUAGGCUUAUGUCCUUUGCUGUUGGGUUGUGCCAUGGCAGUAGAACGCUGUGUGGCCAUCACACAGCCCUUUUUCCACGCUACUAUGAUCACACUGGGUCACGUGUGGCGAGUUGUAUUAUUUCUGUCCUUUCUUGCACUUGUGCUGGCACUUCUACCUUUAAUUAAUGUGGGGACUUACACGACCCAGUCUCCUGGGACAUGGUGUUUCUUGCCUCUCCAUGGUCCACAGUCUACAGCUGACACCAUUCUGGUUCUGGCCUUCUCAUGUCUGGGCCUCACAGCACUCACUCUUUCCCUACUCUGCAACAUCCUGAGCGUUCUGGCAUUGCUUCAGGCCAGAAUUAAGUCCCACGGUGUCAACACAAAAUCAGCAGCUCGCUGCAGCACUCGACGUGCAUCGUCCACGUCUUCCUCCUCGUUUUGUUCGUUGGAUGUGGAGAUGAUGGUGCAACUGGCAAUGAUCACUGUGGUUUCCUGUGUUUGCUGGGGCCCCUUUCUUAUCCAGAUUCUUUUGAUGCAGUUCAACCAAAGGAUCUCAGCUGGUGAGAAAGACAGGCUCAUGCUUCUGGGCUUGCGUAUGGCCGCCUGGAAUCAGAUCUUGGACCCUUGGGUUUACAUCUUACUGAGGAAGGCAGUGCUUUUCAAAGGUUGCUGUGCUGUCUACACACAGAGACCUUCAGAGAAAGAAAAUAGGUCCAGUGCAGACAGGCCAGCCUCCAGUCUGCAAUGA